AUGUCCUCCUCCAUCGAUAUCAGCAAGCUCAAGUCUUGGAACAAAGAGUUUCAGUCCGAUUUGACUCACCAAUUAGCAACCACCGUUCUUAAGAACUACAAUGCAGACGAUGCGCUGUUGAACAAGACUAGGCUACUGCAACAAGACAACAGAGUCUUUAACACUGUCGUUUCCACUGAUUCUACUCCGGUCACCAACCAGAAAAGCUCUGGUAGGUGUUGGUUGUUUGCCGCUACCAACCAAUUGCGUUUGAACGUUCUUUCCGAGUUGAACUUGAAAGAAUUCGAACUGUCGCAAGCUUACUUGUUCUUUUGUGAUAAGCUGGAAAAGGCCAACUAUUUCUUGGACCAAAUCGUCUCCUGCGCUGACCAAGAUAUCGAUUCGCGUCUAGUGCAGUACUUGUUAACUGCCCCAACCGAAGAUGGUGGUCAGUAUAGCAUGUUUUUGAAUCUAGUCAAGAAAUACGGCCUUAUCCCCAAGGACAUAUACGGUGACUUACCUUAUUCUACGACCGCUUCUGCGAAGUGGAACUCCCUUUUGACUACCAAGCUGAGGGAGUUCGCUGAGACUUUAAGAACGGCGUUGAAAGAGCGCUCUGCUAACGACUCCAAAAUUGUCACUUUGAGAGAGCAAAUGCAAAAGGAAAUUUUUAGGUUGAUGUCGCUGUUCAUGGACUUUCCUCCGGUGCAACCAGACGAACAGUUCACUUGGGAAUAUGUCGACAAAGACAAGAAGAUUCACACUAUUAAAUCGACCCCAUUGGAGUUUGCCUCAAAAUACGCAAAAUUGGACACUUCCAAACCGGUCUCGUUAAUCAACGAUCCAAGACACCCAUACGGUAAGCUAAUCAAAAUCGAUCGUUUGGGUAACGUUCUCGGUGGUGAUGCCGUGGUGUACUUGAAUGUCGACAAUGAAACACUAUCCAAGUUGGUUGUCAAGAGAUUGCAAAAUAACAAGGCCGUGUUUUUCGGUUCUCAUACCCCAAAAUUCAUGGACAAGAAAACUGGCGUCAUGGACGUCCAAUUGUGGAAUUAUCCUGCCAUCGGUUACAACUUGCCCCAGCAGAAGGCAUCGCGUAUCAAGUACCAUGAGAGUUUGAUGACUCAUGCAAUGUUGAUCACUGGUUGCCACGUCGAUGAAGCGUCUAAACUGCCAAUUCGCUACCGAGUUGAAAACUCUUGGGGUAAGGAGUCCGGUAAAGAUGGAUUAUACAUCAUGACUCAGCAAUAUUUUGAGGAAUACUGUUUUCAAAUCGUAGUCGACAUUGAUGAACUGCCCGAAGAAUUGGCUACAAAAUUCACCUCGGGCAAAGAAGAACCCAUCGUCUUGCCCAUCUGGGAUCCCAUGGGCGCGUUGGCCACAUAA